ACACGGUACACCGCGCGCGAGACGCCCGCAUCAUUCAAUAAAAAUAAUCGCAGGCGCAUGCACGGGUGCGACGGACGGCCGCGGCAUAAUGAUUCGCGAAGUGAUUUUGUUUAUGUGCCUAGUGACAGUGCAUGGGUACAAUUUCUGCAGCACCAACAACUCUAUAGCUGCAUUCAAGAGACCCACAUACGAGUUUUCCUUGAACAUCCUGUAUAGAGUAGCUGAACAGGAGGACUACCACUUCGCUUACUCCCCCAUCUCGACCUGGCUCCAGCUAGUCUCCCUAGCUCUAGGAGCCCGGGGCGAAACGAGUUCAGAGCUCCAGAACGUCACAAGAUACAUAAAAAACAAAUGCUUCCAACGCAAAUAUUUCCAAGAGAACCAUCGCCUCAGAAAAAAUUUGGUCGCGCUCACUGAAAAAUCUAGUUUCGUAGUGGUACAUAAGUUAGUGGGUGUCAAACGGAAAUAUAUCAAUUUGAUAAACACGUGCAGAAUAAGUAAAGUGUUGCCGGUAAAUUUCGACGAACCGGAAAGAGCAGCGACUCUCACCAACGGCCUGAUUGAGAGGAACACCAGAGGCGUAAUCAAGCAGGGGGUCUACGUAGAUGAUUUUGAAAACAAGCUCCUCUUCUUGACCGACAACGGCUAUUUCAAGAGCAACUGGCUCCAUCCGUUCGAUCCGUUAUUCACGAGCGAGGAAACGUUCUACUCCGAACGCAAUGAAGACGUCGGGAAAGUGAGAAUGAUGUCCCAACUCAACUAUUUUCGGAUAGCAAAAAUCCCGAAAAUCAACGCUGAAGUUCUGGAGCUGCCCUUCAACACUCGUCGAAAAAUGUCCAUGUUGAUCGCUUUGCCUAUAGACGGGGCGAUUGGAGACCUACUUUACGCAUUCAAAGGUGUGACACUUCGGACAAUAUUCAAUCUGAACAGGCGCAGAAAGGAGCUAGUCCUAGUCAAGUUGCCGAGAUUCCGAAUAGACACGGAGCUGUCCAAUCUUGCGGAACUCUUGAACGAUAUGGGCUUGCAGAAGAUUUUCUACCCCGAAUUAUCUGACUUUGGCGGGAUAAGUAACACCAAAUUGUUUGUGUCCUUGAUCGCUCAGCAGACGAGAGUGGAAGUGACGGAAGAGGGGGCAAGGGCGAUGUAUAAUUCCCCAGAUUUCUUGGUGAAAGGGAACCAAACGCGGAAGUUCGAAGCCAAUCGUCCCUUCGCGUUUUUCAUCGUGGACAAAGUUACUGAGAUAAUACUCUUUGCGGGGAUGUACAGUAAUGCGGCGGUUUAUUGAGGUAAUCUUAGUUAUUAGUUUCUGGAAGCAACUUUUCAUUAUAUUAAUGUGAUUUACUGCUUCUACCGUUAAGUAAUCUUUGCUUUUAGUUUGUAAUAUCAGAUAAGAAAUCGUAA